AUGGAUGAGGCUAAUGGUAGCAGAAACGAUAAAUAUGGACCUCCACCUCCACCCUACAACCCUCACGACUGUGAGCAGAAUUUAUAUAGAGGACAGACCUAUCAGGUGGGGAAAGAGGGCAUUGCAGUGGUGACCCCACCUGGCAUCUAUGAAAAUAGGAUCCACUCAGAAGACCAAGCAGCAGCUGGUGACGAGCACCAGUUUGAACAAGUGCCACCUUUCUACUCUCAUGGAUUGGAGGACAGUGUUUUUGCGGAUUCUGCAAUACGGAGAGGUUUCAUAAGGAAAGUCUACCUGACCUUGAUGAUUCAGCUGCUGGUGACGGUCGGAAUCAUUUGUGCUUUUCUUUACUGGGAUUCUCUAAAGGAAUGGACAUUGACCAACAACUGGUUCUCCUAUACCAUGAUGGGGACAGUGACUGUACUCAUCGUGGUCUUGUCCUGCUGUGACAACAUUCGGCGUGGGGUCCCCCUCAAUUUCAUCACCCUGGGCUUGUUUACUAUUGCAGAGGGCUUAAUGCUGGGAUCCGUAGCAGUGUUCUUCUCAGCCGAAGCUGUUCUGUGGGCCGUGGGCGCGACGGCGUUAGUGUCCUUCUCCCUGAGUGUAUUUGCGAUGCAGUCAAAGUGGGACUUCACCAUGGCAAGUGGAAGCCUGUGGGUGUUUGGCUGGACCCUCUUUUCCUUUGCACUGCUCUGUGCAAUCCUCCGAUCACAGUUUGCGUACAUUGCUUACGCCUGCCUGGGCACCUUGCUGUUUUCCUUGUACCUGGUGUUUGAUACCCAGCUCAUCGUGGGCGGAAAACACAGAAAAUACGAGAUCUCUCCUGAGGAGUAUGUGUUUGCUGCGCUCAGCCUCUACCUGGACAUUGUUGUCUUGUUCCUUUUCUUGCUGAAACUCAUCAAUCUCUGUCGCUGA